AUGCCUUCGCUGCUGCGGCUCUCGCAGUGGCCGCCCCUCUGGCUUCCGCUCAGACUUACUCUGACUGCAACCCGAUGGAGAAAUCGUGCCCUCCGAAACAAGGGUCUGACUGAGUCCGACAUUCACUUUGACUUCACCAAGGCCAGUGCCCUCGACCAGUGGAAGAUCAGCGGCGGCAAAGUCCCCACUGGCUCCAAUGGUGCCGAGUUCACUAUCAACAAGGAAGGAGAUGCUCCUACCCUGGUCAGCGACUUCUACUUCUUCUACGGCGAAUUGUCUAUUGAGAUGAAGACCUCUCAUGGCCAAGGCAUUGUCAGCUCCGCCUUCUUGCAGUCCGAUGACAAGGAUGAGCUUGACUGGGAAGCACUGGGCACAAAGGGUGACACCAUUAUGACCAACUACUUCGGAAAGGGCGAUACCUCGACCUACGACCGUGAGACUUGGGUCCCCGUCUCCGCUCCUACGGAGUCUUUCCACACCUACACCAUCCAAUGGACCAAGGAAUCUACCAACUGGUUGAUUGAUGGCAAGAACGUCCGCACUGUCAACUACAAUGAUGCUCAGGGUGGUGCUCGUUACCCUCAGACCCCGAUGAACAUCCGCGUUGGUAUCUGGGCCGGUGGUGCUCCCACCAACGCCCAGGGUACCAUUGACUGGGCUGGCGGUCCGACCGACUACUCCAAGGGUCCUUACUCCAUGUACAUCAAGAGCAUCACUGUCAAGAACGCCAACCCCGCCGAGUCCUACACUUGGUCUGACAAGUCUGGCUCCUCCGACAGCAUCAAGUUCACCGGUUCCAACGCCGUGAGCUCGCGCAGCACCACCAGCGAAGCUGCCACCAGCUCCUCCUCUGAGGCCGCCUCUUCCACUGACUCUCCUUCGACCACCACCGAGGGCACUUCCAGCGCUGCCACCACCCUGGCUACCAAGACCUCUGGCUCGUCUGCCGAGUCCACUGCCGCCUCCAGCUCUGCUGCCGGUGCUUCCAGCUCCGGUGCCUCCCCCAGUGGCUCUGGCUCCAGUGCCUCCUUCCCCAGCGGUUCUAGCGGCUCCGGCUCUGGCUCCGGCUCCAGCUCCGGCUCCCCCUCCGGUUCUGGCUCGUCCACCAGCGCCAGCGCCAGCGCCAGCGCCAGCCCUAGCUUUAACGCUGCUGCCUCUGCUGCUGCCAGCUACUUGGGACCUGUGUCCCUCCUGGGUCUGGUGACCGCCCUUCUCCAGCUGUAA